AUGGAGAGCUUGGAAAAUUUAAGCCAGAGCGCUGUCUUUACCCAGCUUCAAGAGAGACUGGAUGGAGCCAUUAAAGAGUCGGGAGAAGAGGAGGUCUCCAAAGAGCAAAUUGAAAAAGUAAUCGAAGUAUUGGAAUUGACUGCCAAAGUUCAGCAUGAGCUUUUCAGCGCGGUCUCCACUCUGUCACAGGCAUCGGAUUCUGAUGUUUUUCAAACACGCGUCCUUCCGUGGAUCAGUAAUGGUUUCCUAGACGGCAGACUCGGCGAGCCGGUUUACUCGAGAAAAGCGGACAAACUCAGAACGCCAAAGGGGCAAGUUUCAAACGACACUUCACUUGUGCUUUUGAAGGAAAAAGUCGAGAAGCAGAAGGAACUCGAAGAAGCGAUGAGAAAUUCUGCUCAAAUUCAGAAGCAGCUCGAGCUUCAGAUCAACACGCUCAAGGCUCAACUUGCCGAGGAACAGGAGAAGGUCAGCCAGCUGACUUCGGAACUAGAAGCUCACAAGUUGGAAUCUGCUGGAACUCUCAAAGCAAGCGAAGAGGAGAUUUUGGAGCUCAGAAAAAAAAAUGCUGAUGCCAAGCUCGAGCUGUCUGCUACCAACUCUCGACUUGAUCUUGUUGGUGACUACGAAUCCCAAGUCGCUCGACUCCGAUCUGACAUCCGUCUCUUAUCAUUUGAAAAGCGAGAGCUCUUGACUCGAAUUUCGGACUUGGAAUAUCCCUACCCAUUGACUCGUUCCUACCUUCGAUCUACCUCGCCCGUCCGCCACAUCGUGACUUACCGAUCCCCUUCUCCAACCCGGGCCGCCCUGACGAAUGACAUUCGCGCCAAUCGACUUAUCUCCCGAUACAGCAGUCUCUUCUCUUCCUCUCGACUCAACGCCCUGGAUGUUCUUCGACGAUUUGUGGACGAAGAAGAAAUGUGCCGACGAAUCGUUUACAUUGCAACUGUUGAGGCAUUCCAUAGUGCCAAGAUUGCCUACAGAUCUUUCAAAGACCGAGCAUCCAAAACUCUUGCCCCGCUUCACACUGGCCCAGAACUCCUUUCUGAAGCCGUUGAAGACUACGUCGUCCGAAACAUGGAUCUUUUCGAUAUCGAAUCUUGCGUCCGAGAUGUUGUUCGACAAAUGGACAAUAAUGCCGUCAUUUCUCACCCAGCAGAGUGCGACUUUAUGUUGAUCAACAAUUAUAUUCGAGAAGCUUGCCAAAUCGCUUUCGAAAUGCAGGCAGUAAAUCCCCGAAUCGAUAUUGCUCAUGCUUCGGAAGGAGAACUUUAUGACGAGAAAAAAUACCGACGAACCUACGAUUCCGAAUACACCGCCCCUCUUGUUGCCUUCUACACCUGGCCCGCCCUGAUGGACGGAAAGGACUGCGUUGCCAAGGGAGAAGCACAUACAAAACGAGGAGCGCUCCUCCAUACAACCCGUCGUUCAACUUCGCCAUCCCCAACUCGUCGAGGUCGAUCUCCAACUCGACGAAUUCGAUAA